AUGCUUAUCGCUUAUGAGAAGCCUGGCUGCAACCCCAUAAUGUGUGGACAUUUCUCCAGGGUGGUACGCAAGAAGACAAUCCAACAUCCGCGACCCCUAAAGCCUAUUGUGGCCACCACUGAAACAAAAUCCGUGUUCAACGCACUCUUCAACUCGAAGGGUAGCGCACUCGCAUUCAACGAAACGCUUCGCACUGAGACGGUGCUAAUGCGAGAUGGUCUAGAAUUGAUCCGGGUACGACGAACCAAUGGUCAAGCCGAUCCGUUUACACAGGGUUUUCAGGUGAUGAGCCGGAGGCUGAAUUUGAUGGGCACCCCUGUCAAUAGUUUUACUGAUUAUGACAGUGGCGGUCCGGGAAACUCGGCUUUACACACGGAGCAGUCAACACACUAA